UUAGUGGUGCCGUUGUCAGUGGUUGAUUACACAUGUAUUCUUAGAUCGUUUGUGUAAUUCGGUUAUGCGACGUUAAAAUUAUAUUUGUGUCUAAUAAACAUAUUCUAUAUUUUAAGAAUUAAACGAAUUUGUGUGAAUAAGUAAACGUUUUUUUUUAUAGAGACAAAUAGGCCUACUUUUGAAUGUAAAUAUAAUUAGUUUAUAAUUAAACUCCAAUAAUAUUCGACAAAAUAUUUUAUUUAAAAGGUACAAAAAAAAACAUCUUUAAGACCUAAUCAAACCUAUAAAAAGUGUUGAAUUUUAAAACUAAAACGUAACGUAUAUAUAAAAGCAAGAAUAUAAAUAAAAUAUUUGAUUUUUAAUAGAGAAGCUUUAUUUAUAAGAACAUAUAAUUACCAGGGUAUUGCAGAUAAUAUGUUAAACUGAAUUUUAUUGAAUACGGUCAGACUCAACUGAAUUGAAGAUAGCCUCUCAAAACAGAAUUGCCAACAGUAGAACGUUAGCUUAAAACGGUGGCAGUGAUAUUAAAUCUAUUUGAAAAAAUGGAAAUUAAUGUGUUGAAGCAAGCCUCUCAAAACGGAUAUGCAAAAACUCUAGAAAUGUUAAUUAAAAAAGGCAGUGAUAUUAAAGCUGUUGACAACAAUGGAUGGAAUGCAUUAAUGCUAGCCUCUUCAGAGGGACAAGAAAAAUGUGUAGAAGUUUUAAUUAAUUCAGGUAUUGAUAUUGAAGCUGUUGACAAUAAUGGACUGAAUUCAUUAAUGCUAGCCUCUUCAGAAGGACAUGACAAAGUUGUAGAACUGUUAAUUCAAAGUGGCUGUGAUAUUAACGUUGUUGAAAAUAAGGGAUGGAAUGCUUUGAUGUUGGCCUCUCAAAAUGGACAUAAAACCACUGUAGAUCUUUUAAUUAAAAGUGGCUGUGAUGUUAUGGCUCUUAAUAAUGAUGGUUGGAAUGCAUUAAUGCUAGCCUCUCAAGAUGGACACGAAAAAACUGUAAAAUGUUUACUUAAAAGUGGAAGUGAUAUUAUGGCUGUUGAAAACAACGGGUGGAAUGCAUUAAUGCUAGCCUCUCUAAAUGGACAUGUAAAAACUGUAGAACUGUUAAUUAAAAGUGGCAGUGAUAUUAAAGCUGUUAACAACAAUGGAUCUAAUGCUUUAAUGAAAGCCUCUCAAAAUGGACAUGACAAAACUGUAGAACUAUUAAUUAAAAGUGGCUGUGAUAUUAAAGCUGUUAACAGCAAUGGAUGGAAUGCAUUGAUGAUAGCCUCACAAGAUGGACAUAAAAAAACUGUAGAACUUUUAAUCAAAUAUGGUAGUGACAUUAAUGCUGUUAAUAAAAAUGGAUCAACCGCUUUAAUGUUGGCCGUUAAAAAUAAACAUGAAACAAUUGUAGAACUUUUAACUAAAAAUGACAGUGAGAAUAAGGAUAUUGCCAGUGACCUAGGGAAUAUAGCAAAGCAAAUAUCUGCAAAUGAACAGAAUAACAUGGUCGACAAUACUAUCACUAGUGAAUAUAAUUUAACAUUUUUUGAAAAUACAAAAAAUACCCCAUCAUUACAAACCCCACAAGAAAAAACAACAAAAUCAUUAGUUGAAAGUGGCUGUGAUUAUAAAGAUUUUGAAAAUAUAAUCGUGGAAACCUCUGAAUACAGACAAGUAACUCGAUUUCAACAACUUGAAGAUGGUCCACUUGUGACGAUGUGUUAUGAAGAAGACGCAGACCAAACGGAAGUUAUUCGUGGCCAGUUACGAGAGAAACAUCGUAAAUUACUUCAGAAGGAGACGUCAUAUCUAUUGGAAGAAAUUGAUGCUGCUGAUAUAGUUGACCAUCUUUUUUCUAAAUUUGUGAUCAGCCUAGACGAUCGUCAAAGAGUUAAGGCAAAGAAAACACCAAGGGGGCGAACUAAUGUUUUUAUAGACAUACUGUUUCAUUCUGGACCUAGAAAAGCAUUUCCUGAGUUUUUGAUUAAAACUGUUAAUCAAAGAAAGCCAGUUCGUGGCCAGCUACAAGACAAACAUUUUAAAUUACUCCAGAAGGAGACAUUGUAUUUACUUCAGGAAAUAGACGCUGAAUUUUUAAUUGACCAUCUUUUUUCUAAAUGCGUCAUCAGUUUAGAUGAUCGUCAUAAAGUUAGGGCAGAGAAAACACCAAGGGAGCGAACCCGUGUUUUUCUAGACAUUUUAUUUCAUUCUGGGCCUGAGAGGGCUUUUCAGGAAUUUUUGAUUAGUCUAGAAACGGAGUAUCCACAUGUUGCAGAGCGACUAAGGAAACAAUUGUAA